AGUGAUAGAGGUGAUUAGUCUCACCUCCACGGAUGUCCAGAGAGAAUUCAGCCUUUCUGUGGCAAAUUGGCACUGGCUCAUUAAUUUCUUGAUGUGCUGAUCCGCCUCCCUACACACUGGUCCCUCCACCCUCCACUUACUCCCUCAAAGAUUUCAUGUUUGCUGGUGACUUCUGUGGCUGAGAGACUGUAAACAAGCAGAAGGGAGAAGAGGGGCAGAGGAAAACACAAGGGAGAAAAGGGACUCUCAUGACAGUUUUGAAUGUUGGAAACAUUUUAAGACACUGGUAAACUAAGGACAUCUGCAGAGAUCAGGAGGAGAUCUUGUUUUUGUGCAUAAUAACUGCAGGAUCAGAGGUGAUCCAAGAUGCAGACCUUCCUCGUUCUGAUGCUUUGGAUUGUGGCCUCAGCUGCUUCAGUGCAAUGGAGGCGUCCAGUGAUUAAGUUCAACUCCAAAGUACUGGUGACUCCUGAGGUGGUGGUUAAAUCUGGGACACCUCUGGAUCUGAGGUGUGAGGGUGACGGGCCGGUGAACUGGAGAACGAGGCUCGCCAAACACAGACGGUACAUAUCCAAAGGCAACGGGAACAUCCGCUCUUUAAAAGUGGAGCGUCCUUCUGCAGAGUUCACCGGGACGUACCACUGUUACUACACCUCUGGACAACAUCAGCGAGAACUGACCUCCUCAGUGCAUGUGUAUGUGAAAGAUCCAAACCGUGUUUUCUGGACCAGCAGCACAUCUCUACGAGUGGUAAAAAAGGAGGGUGAGGACUUCAUGUUGCCCUGUUUGCUGACAGACCCAGAAGCCACAGACCUGGGCCUCCGCAUGGACAACGGUACCAGUAUCCCCCCAGGGAUGAACUUCACCGUAUACCGGCACCGUGGGAUUCUCAUCCAGAGCCUCCACCCCAAUUUCAAUGCUGACUACGUCUGCACCGCCAAAGUCAAGGGACUGGAGAAGACAUCUAGGGCCUUUUCCAUCAACGUCAUUCAGAAACUUCGUUUCCCUCCAUAUGUCUUCCUGGAGACUGAUGAAUAUGUGCGCAUUGUUGGAGAGGAACUCAAGAUCCGCUGUACUACACACAAUCCCAACUUCAACUACAAUGUCACAUGGAAAUACACCACCAAAUCGAAGCCAACAAUUGAGGAGAGGGUUCGCUCUAGUGGGGAGAAUCGCCUGGACAUAGAGAGCAUACUGACCAUUUCAGCUGUGGACCCCACAGACACUGGGAACAUUUCCUGUGUGGGCACCAACGAAGCAGGGGUGAACAGUUCAACCACAUACCUGCUGGUUGUAGACAAACCCUACAUCAGGCUGAUACCUCAGCUCUCCCCUAAACUGGCCCACAAGGGUCUGUCAGUUGAGGUGAACGAAGGGGAAGAUCUUGAGUUGAGUGUGGUCAUCGAGGCGUACCCCCACAUCACUGAGCAUAGAUGGUACACCCCGACAUCUCCCAACCCUUCAACACAGGACCACAACUUCAUCCGAUACAACAACAGAUACCUUGCUAGUCUGCAGCUGAAAAGAAUGAAUGCCCAGGAGCAGGGCCAGUACACUUUCUAUGCCAAGAGUGACUUGGCCAAUGAAACCAUCACAUUUGAAGUCCAAAUGUAUCAGCGGCCUGUUGCAGUAGUGAGGUGGGAAAACAUAACCACACUCACCUGCACAUCUUUUGGAUACCCAGCUCCUAGAAUCAUCUGGUACCAGUGCUUUGGAAUCAGACAGACGUGCAAGGAAAACAACACAGGCAUGCAGAUGGCCAUCCCACUGCAGGCUGCCACUGUGGAGGUCCAGAGGGAGGAGUACGGGGCCGUGGAGGUGGAGAGUGUUCUCACUGUGGGGCCUUCAAGCCGGAGGAUGACAGUCGAGUGUGUGGCGUUUAACCUUGUUGGCAUCAGCAGUGACACUUUUGCCAUGGAGGUGUCUGACAAACUCUUUAGUUCCACUCUGAUGGGAGCAGCGGGCGUCUUGGCCAUUCUCCUUGUGCUGUUGGUUUUUCUAUUUUACAAAUACAAGCAAAAACCAAGAUACGAGAUCCGUUGGAAGAUCAUUGAAGCAAGAGAUGGGAACAAUUACACCUUCAUUGACCCCACUCAGCUGCCGUACAAUGAGAAGUGGGAAUUUCCACGGGAUAAGCUCAGACUAGGAAAGAUCCUCGGUGCUGGUGCUUUUGGAAAGGUUGUUGAGGCCACAGCCUACGGUCUGAGAAAGGAGGACACUGUGAUGCGUGUGGCUGUAAAAAUGUUAAAAGUCAGUGCCCAUUCAGAUGAGAGGGAAGCUCUAAUGUCUGAACUGAAGAUCCUGAGUCACCUUGGACACCACACGAACAUUGUCAAUCUACUUGGAGCCUGCACAUAUGGAGGGCCAUUGCUUGUGAUCACAGAGUACUGCAGUCUCGGUGACCUCCUGAACUUCCUUCGCCAGAAAGCUGAGACAUUUGUCAGUUUUGUCAUGAACAUCCCUGAAAUGAUGGAGAAUGAUUACAAGAACAUCUGCAUUCAGAAGCAGUUCAUUAGAAGUGACAGCGGCAUCUCCAGUGCAUCCUCGAGCAGCUACUUAGAGAUGAGACCCAGCCAGCCGCCAAACACACAGACGCCUCAAGACCCACUGUGUGAGGAGAGUGGAGACUGGCUGCUCGACAUUGAUGAUUUGCUGAGGUUUUCCUACCAGGUGGCUCAAGGUUUGGAGUUUCUUGCUGCUAAAAAUUGUAUUCACAGAGACGUGGCUGCCAGGAAUGUCCUCUUGACUGACCACAGAGUGGCAAAGAUUUGCGACUUUGGUCUCGCACGUGACAUCAUGAAUGACUCCAACUACGUAGUGAAGGGAAAUGCACGUCUGCCGGUUAAGUGGAUGGCUCCAGAGAGUAUCUUUGACUGCGUCUACACUGUUCAGAGUGACGUCUGGUCCUAUGGCAUCCUCCUGUGGGAGAUCUUCUCUUUAGGUAAGAGCCCGUACCCCAGUAUGGCUGUGGACACCAGGUUCUAUAAGAUGGUGAAGCGUGGUUACCAGAUGUCCCAACCUGACUUCGCCCCAUCUGAGAUUUACAUGAUCAUGAAGAUGUGCUGGAAUCUAGAGCCAACAGAGCGCCCGACAUUCAGCAAAAUCAGCCAGAUGAUAGAAAGACUACUGGGUGACCAGCCUGAGCAGGAGCAGCUAAUUUACCAGAAUGUGCAGCAGCAGGUCACAGUGGGUGAAGUGUGUGAUGAGCCCAAAUGCUGCGACGGCCCCUGUGACCAGUCUUGUGACCACGAGGAAGAGGAGCAGCCCCUGAUGAAGACCAACAACUACCAGUUUUGCUGAAAUCCCUCAUUACUGAUCAAUCAACCAAUCAAUCAGCUAAUCAUCAACAUGCAUCUGGAGAGCUGUAGUUUGUGAACUGAACCACAGCUUGUUCCACUGCCAGACAGUUGCAGAGAGUCGCCUUCACAGCUAUUUUUUGCCUGUUAUGCCUGUUUGCCAGACAGACUGCAGCUGCAGCAAGCAUGUGACUCGCUUCUUUGGAGACCAUGACUAGAAAGUGCCAUGUCUAGCACUGACUUCAGACAUGAAAGGAAGAAAUAUGUCACCACACCAUGAGCAUCUAGAGCUUAUCCUAAAGUACGUCUUAAUGGACUUGUUUUUCACUCCUUCCAUCACACAUAUUUAGAGUAGGAGAAUUUAUUUGAUUUAUGUUUUCAUGGGACUUGUAUCUUCUAUUGUUUAUUAGUGUUCUAUAUUAUGGUCACUUGUCAUGUUUUUGUGGAUUGUGUCAGCAGGUUCACUUCCUUUUCACCCCUUUAUUGCAUUUAUUGUUUCUCAGAGGAAGAAACUUAAAUGAUGGGCUGCAUGAGCUGAUUUUGUGUUAUGUUUUCUUCACAAAUCACCUUUAUGGAACGUCUAUACAGUCUGCAAACAGUGCAAGUGUUUUUCCCUGGUUUUAAUGUGGUAAAUCAACUGUGGAGGAGGCAAAGAAUGGCCACGUUGUUUUCCUCUCUGUGCUUUGGUCACAGCCGUAUUUACUUGUGACACACUUACAGUAACUGUCGAUGGUGGCAACAUGUGAUUGUUCCACUUCAGUCAAAUUAAUUAACCAGUGUUCAGUGUGAUUUAGGAGCCAGGAAUACAACUGCUCUGUUCAGGGAAAUCUGUGGAUCCGUCAUGGAUCAGAUGAACAAUGUUUCAUGUUUGAUAAUGUGAAAGUUAUUAUUAUUUUUGCGUGGCACAAGUUGAUCUUCUCAUUAUAUUGUAGAAUUAGCUGAAUGUUAGGAUGUAAAUGUUAGUCAGCUUACACUGCCAACUAUAUAUGAGGAUGUCGCAAUAACAGAUAAGCUAUAAAUACAGACUCAAACCUGUGUGACUUCAGGCGUUUCAUAUGUGCUUGCAUCUGAAUGAAAUGUCCAGUAAUGUAUAUAUGGCAAGAUGUAAAUCCAGAAUGAUCUAUAUUUUCGCUGAGACAUUGUGGGGUGGAUAAUAGUGCAUUAAUUUCUCAUAUAUUUGUGGUGUGGGGUUUUUUUUUGUUCAAAUGAGACAAUGUUAAAACUGCACAUAAAUUCACUGAAAAACAGCUUAGGUGUGAAUAAAGCUUUACCACAGAAACUCA